AUGUCUAUACCUCAACAAUUUAAUUCAGAUAACCAGCCACCUACUGCACCGUUUACCUUCCAGGCGGAUCGCGUUCAAACUUCAGAUUUUGAUGAUAUCACCUAUUCAAACUUUUCGCUCUAUAACAACGUGUUAAAAUCUCGUGAUUCCGAAUCUUAUUCGGCUAUCUCUAGCAACGGAGAAUCGUUUGUGGAAUACCGUGAUUCCCAAAACGAUGCGCAACUUCAUUAUCUGGAUCCUCCGUUUAUGGACGGCGAGAUAAACUGGUCUGGAACAAAUCAAACCUUGAGCGCCAAAUUUAACCCUUAUUCAGUUGACACACUCGUUUGUCAUAUGACCAGAAAAGUUCCAACGGAAGAAUGGAAAGGCGAAAUUUUGCAUCCCGACCAACAGGUUUACGAAUUUUCUUUUUUUGACAGGAACAACAGUCGGGCAGUAUUUUACAACGAUUCGUAUUUGAAAAUUGUGAAAGCGGCAGAAUGUGACAAGGAGCAAAAGAUCCCGCGUAUAGUGACGAUAAUAAACUUGUGCAAGGUUUAUUGGGAUUACGCUAGACUAAUAGAAGCUCGUGUUGAGAAGCUAAAAUCUCAAGGUAAAGAAACACUCGCCGAGUUGAAGACGUUUCAGUGGAUUCUUAUGAUAUGGGAGCUAUGUGGAAUUAUUUAUAUCAAUCCGAAAAAAGAAUAUUACGAAGAAUUGUCACACUUGGGACAAAAUUCCUACGGGAGGUUAUCGAACGAAUUGAAAAACUGGUCGAACAAAUGGCUUCCCUUGCUUGUCCCUUUGGAGGAUUAUGAUGCACAAUUGGAAGAGAGCAUAUCUCCCCAAGAAGAAAAGGUAUUUUGGCCCUACCUACGGAGAUUGGUUCUCAGGGGUUCGUCAAAAGCAAUAGAUUUGUUAAAUUUGGUUUCAGAAAAAGAUAUUGAAGAUAAAUUUCUGAAAGAAUACAUAGACAAAAUCACACAAAUCCUGUCAUCACGACCUCAUUUCAAGUCCCAGGAUCUCGAGAAAUUUUCUGUCUCUUUCAAAACUUGGCGUGAUAAAAUUAGAGCAUGUGAAAAAGAACUUAACAAUCAACAAGAUGAACCUUCCUCUGAAAAUAUUAUAUCGAUCUUGAAAAUAUUACGUGGAGACAUUAAUUCUAUUAUCGAGGAAAGCAACUCGUGGAUAGAGGCACUUAUGAGCAUGGCGAUUUCUCACCCACUAUGGGACGUACAAAACUUGAGAGAAAAAACUCGUGAUUGUCUUUUACAUUUUCCCAUGGACGAAAAUACUAAAGCUUUAGAUAAAGUUCUAGCUUCGUUAUUAGUUAGGGACCCUGAACAAGGAAUCAAACUUUGCGAGAAAAUUGACGUGUGGUUGGUCGCUCAUUUGUCCGAUAUGUUUAAUAAGUUUGAACUGGUUGGAAAGAUUAGGUUUCAAGGUUCUCAAAUGCAACGUCGUGUGAAUCCCUAUAGUUCAGAGUCAGAUAUGGAUAUACGAGAAUUAUCUUUACUGAAUUUUGCCGAAUCAUUAGUGUUUCAUCACUCGCUCUGGCAGCUAGCUUUCAAAUAUUUUGAAUUAUGUGAAGCAUAUGGAAAGUUUUACAUAGCAGAAUGUAUUAUGAGGAUUCCAUUCGAUAGCGAGUUUAAAUUAAGCAAAAUAUUGAACAUAUGUCGAUCCAAUAGACUGGAUUUUCAAGAAAAAACCAUACUGAGGGUGGCUGGUAAAAGAUAUUUACAAGAAGAGAGAUAUGCCUCAUCCAUCAAAUACUUUAUGGAUGCCGGUGAUACUGCGUCAUUAGAAGUCAUUUUUCGUAUAUUUUUGGAUUACUAUACAAACACGGGCAACUUGGGUAUAUUCAAAUACAUGGAGAGCGUUCAGCUUGAUGAAUCAUCGCCGGAUUCCAUGAAGUUUUUGUCGAAAUAUCGACUGUUUCACGAGUUGAUGCAAGUAGGUGAUUUUCAGACAGCAAGAGCGUACAUUAUGGAAUUAAUAUGUUCCCAGAUCGCGCCCACAACAUUUUUACCAGUGCUAUUGGUCAAUACACUUCCAUUAUUUCAUGAGGCAAAAAAAAGUGGCACGGUCAUCUUGACAAAUGCAGAUAAUUUUGAAAUUCUACGAAACUUAUAUAAUCUCGUGCACGGGAUGUACCAAGAGGAAUGUGCGUCAUGUCUCGAACGAAUGCGUGUUUGGCACACUUACGUUAACGGAUAUGCUGAUAUAAACGAGAAAUUGUCGAUUCUGUGGACGGCGGUCAACGAUAAUCAGUUGAUUGUUUACAAAUACGGUGAAGAAUCUAAUCCAUUCUGGAACUAA